AUGGCUAUUACAGAUACAUGUCCUCAGCUCCAAAUGAGUGAGCUACAGAAACGGUUAGAUGCGGAGUUUCUAUUGGCCCAGAUGUGUUCUGUCAAGUUCAAAGAUUGGAUCGUCGUUCUUGCCACUCUAUUACAACUGUCCGAGAUCUAUCAACAUCAGCAUCACAGGCAGAUGAGUUGUCCUGCAAUGGUUCAGCUUCUCUCCAGCACGCUUUAUUUCAAGCGAAAAGGGUGUGUCCGUCACAAGGAAUUUACAGGAAUGCCUGAGCCCAUCUCGAGUCCAACCCUCAAGCGACUAUCAGUUUACUACGAUUCUCCAAUUGAUGUUUAUGAUGCUACCUCUAUGUCAUUUGACCUACAGAAUCUUGUCUACCUUGAGUACUCAGAUUGUGCCUUGGCUGAGUAUAUGCAAGUUAAUUUGGAUUCCCUAGUCGAAGCUAAGCUGGAUCUUGAUGAGGCAGGUAAUGUCAAGAGGCGGGAUGUGACGAAUCUUGUUACAGGGAUAAGAAAUGUUGAGAUCCUUCAUCUGUCUCCCGCUUCGGUUGAUAGAUGGUCUUCCGGUGUUCAGCGAGGUUUCGGGUAG